UAAAUCGGCUGUAGUUUGGUAACGACCGCGGUGGAAAAAAUACGUUUAUUUUCGAUUUAAUUUAAUAUUAGAUUAGUGGUGGUUUAUGUGUGAUUAAAAGUUUCAAUAAUAUAAUUAAAAUAAGUGCAGUGAAUAAGUAUGGCGAAUAGGAAUUUUAAAAUAAUGCCAAAAUGUGUGUCAGCUGACCCGUCCGCCACAUACCCUCUGUCGCCGGAGCAGCUUCAGUUCUACCACGAUAAUGGCUACCUGGUCAUCAAGAAGCUCAUUGGAAUCCCAGCUCUGAAUAGUUACAGACAACGUUUCACGGAUGUGUGCGAGGGUCGUGUGGAGAAGGGACGUGUGACCGUCGUCAAGGAUCGAGCUCUGUGCAAGAACCAGGCCAAAGCUGAGGAUUUUAUUAAUAAGAUCCAGGAGUUGCUGUACGACGAGGUGUACAGCACGUACUCCGAGGACCCUCGCCUGCUGCACAUCGUGUCGCAGCUGGUCGGGCAGAACCUCACCGCCAUCAACUGCAUGCUCAUCAACAAGCCGCCCGGCACCCGCGAGCAUCCUCCACAUCAGGACCUCCUCUACUUCCCGUUCCGUCCAGCGAACAAGAUAGUGGCGACGUGGACCGCCAUCGACCCGGUGAACGCGGACAACGGCUGCCUGUACAUGGUGCCCGGCUCACACAAGCACGACGUACUGUUCGAGCAUAGAGAUCAAGUUAAUGAAGCCAAGCUGUUCUUCUACGGCCUCGCGGAGGACAAGCGAAUAGCGCCCGAACACAAGCGAGUGUACCUCGACAUGGAGCCGGGAGACACCGUGUUCUUCGUGUCUACCAUCGUGCACGGCUCCAGACCUAAUGUCUCCAAUUCGUACCGCAAGGCGAUGACGUGCCACUACGCGAGCAGCGAGUGCCGGUACAUCGACGUGACGGGCACUGCGCAGGAAGGCAUCGCGGCGCACAUGGAGGCCGAGCUCAGGCGGCGCGGCGGGGACCUUAGCUAUGUUGAUAUAAUGCGAAUUAAAACCAAGCAAGUGCGGGGCGUGAGAUGCAACCUCUGAGCGACUACUAUUUAUUUAUACAUAUUAUCUUUAAUUAACUUUAUAAUGUAUAUCAUAGCAAGGACAGUAUUCUAUGGGGAUGACAAAUGUAAAAACUUCCUAUCUUAUCGUCACGCCUUUUAUCCCAUAAGAGGUAGGCAGAGGCGCACAUUACGGUACGUAAUACCUCUGUAUAA